AAACCAGCCUGAAAGGCCCGUCCAGGAAAGUACUGACGCAUGAAAGCAACGACGUGUCGACAGAAUGAAGUCGCGGCGCGUAGCUAAGACUUGAAAACAAAUGUCCAGCUAGUGGCUAAUAUUAGCUUGAUCGGUGUCAUUGGCUACCGCCCUGUUUUUGGCAAACAAACACUCUCUGGAUGGUAUUAUGGAGUGGGGCCAAGUUCUGCCGGACAGCCUGGUGUUGGAGAUCUUCCUGCGUCUACCCCAUGAAGCUGUGUUAAGAGCUAGUCUGACCUGCAGACAGUGGCUGGCCGUUUCCAGAGAUGAGUUUCUGUGGAGGGCGUUGUUCUACAGCUACUACCGUAUCCCUCGUUCUGUGCCUCGACACCCAGCGGCUGUGUCAUGGUACAGGGAGUUCAAGCGUCUGUUUGACUGCAUCCCCUGUGUGGAGGUUCAGACACUGAGAGAACACAGCGACCAAGUCCUCCACCUGGCUUUCUCUCACAGGGGUCACAGGUUCUCCUCCUGCUCCAAAGACUGCACGGUUAAGCUGUGGGACACGGAGAGGCCAGAUGGGAACAUCUCUUUGGUUCACAGCUGCAGCAUGCGGCAGUUCAACUGGGGCUAUACUCAGUUCUCCCAGUUCAAUGCAGACGACAGCCUGCUGCUCGUGUCUGGUGUUUACCUCGGCCCACAAAACACCUCCGCUGGGGAAAUUGCAGUCAUCAGUCUAGAAAAUUACACACUGUUAUCACGUGUCAGGAACAAGCCGUAUGAUGUGUUUGGCUGCUGGUUGAAUGAGACCCACCUGAUCUCUGGGAACCUGCACUGGAUCGGCAACAUGACCUCCUGCUCUGUGCUGUGGCUCAAUAAAGCCUUUCAGGAUAUUGAAUCAGAGAAUGUCAACGUGGUCAAACGCCUUUUUAAGAUCCAGAACAUUAAUGCCAGCACCAUCCGCACAGUGAUGGUGGCGCACUGCCGUCGGCAUGACAACCCGGACUUGGUGCUGGACUAUGAGGCCCAGUCUCAAGCUCAAAGGCAGAAAGGGCCACAGAAGCAGCACCAGCCCCUCCUGUUUGACCUGGGCAGUGAGGAGGAAGACGAGGAAGAGGAAAAGGAGGAAGAGAGUCGGAAGGAAGGGAGAUGUCACAGCUUUAACACUGCCCGCCUCCCCCAGCCAAUCAUCUCGAACUUUGAACAUGUCAUACAGAGUCGUAAAAACAUCGGGCCCAAGGAGCUGGCGAUCGAGACCAAGGUGGCUCAGAUAAUGAGCAGAGUCCACACAAAAGCACCUGACUCCAGCCUCGUCGAGCCCUCUGAGUCCAGUGACGGAGAAGACAAAACCUACUUACUUUUCACCACCGGCAGCCUUACAUAUUCCCCUCACCAAAUAGGUAUCAAGCGAAUCAAACCAGACCAGAUGACGACGAGCGGUCCUGUCCUUGGCGCAGAGCGGAGCUCAUAUGAGUUCUUUGAUUCCCUGGACCAUGUUAUUGAUAUCCAUGGUCACAUUAUUGGCAUGGGCCUUUCUCCAGACCACAGGUACCUUUAUGUAAACAGUCGGGCUUGGCCUGCUGGCUGUGUGAUCUCUGACCCCAUGUCUCCGCCUCCCAUUGCUGAGGAGAUAGACCUGCAUGUCAUCGAUCUGAAGAGCUUGAGGGAGGAGAGAAGAAGCCUGCGAGCUCACCGAGCCUUCACACCCAACGACGAGUGCUUCUUCAUCUUCCUCGAUGUCAGCAGAGACUUUGUCGCCAGCGGCGCUGAAGACAAACACGGCUACAUCUGGGACCGUCACUACAACAUAUGUCUGGCACGCCUGGCGCACAACGACGUGGUGAACUCAGUGGCGUUCAGCCCCGCCGACCAGGAGCUGCUGCUGUCUGCCAGCGAUGACUCUACCAUUAAGGUGUGGCGUUCGCCGCGCAUGGUCCGCCUGGCACAGGCCCCCGCCCGCCCAUCAAAGCCCCGCAAACUCCUGUCGUCCUGGCUGUGCCGCAACAGAAACUCCUCGUCUGUCGGCACUGUGAACGGAAAACCAUGAGUCAGGUUGUAAAACACUCACAAUGGGUGGGAGGAAUGAAGAAGAGUAAAGUUUGACCGACCUGUAUAUGUAUAUGUAUAUGUAUAUAUAUGUAUAUGUAUAUACAUAUAUAUAUAUAUAUGCACUCCAUGUAUGUGUACAGUGUGGUUACUGUCAGUGGUUUAGCUUGAGCUCACACUAGGGGGCACUGUUGCUCCAAGGAACGACACAGUGCUGUUGCGUUGAAAUGUUAUCACAUAUUGUGUGGAACUGACACCUACUUGCACCAGACAGACUUUGAAACCUGUUUCUGUGAGUUGGUUUUUGUCUGUUUUUAACUGUAAUGUGCGUCUGAGCCGGUCAGACACUGGACUCCUGGACGUGACCACGGUUUUCAUGUCCCGAUCAUCAGAGGCGAAGAACUUGUCCUGAAAAAAUGAUUGAUAAAUGUGUUAGAUCUCUUGAGUAUAAACUCCCUUAAACCCCCAGUUUUCUGAGAAUUUAAAAUCCAUUAAAAACCCAAGGGGAAAUAGUUAUUUAAAGCAGUUUGCCUUAGUUUUAUUGAUACCCUUUUUGUUUUGUUGCAGUGUGAAACUGCUAAAAAUUAUUAUUUUUUCCCCUACAGAUAGUAUUUAUCUAAACUUAUCUAAAUCACUCCAUUCUCUAAAAUCUCUCCCAAAACAAAUUGUACCUGGUUAAAUUGUGUGCACAUCAGAACAAGCGAUGUUACAUUACUUAUUUAUUCAUGUUCCUUUGGGGAAACAUGGUGAGGGAGGUCAUCAUUAUUUUCCAAAAUACAAAUAUAAUAACACCUUUGAAAAUUUAAACUCCAUUUAAAAGAACAGAUGGUGUAAAAAGGAAACAAAAACUAAAAUAAAUAAAUUAGGGCUGCAACGAUGAAUCGGUUAUUUAUUGAUUUCUAAAAUAAUUGUCAACUAUUUUGAUAACUGAUUCAUCAUUUCGAGUCUUUAAAUUUUUUUUUUUUAAAACAAGCUCUGUGUUAGUGUCUUAAAUGUGAAUAUUUUCUGGUUUCUUUGAUCUGUGUAACAAAGAAAUCAUUACAAUUUUUACUUUGGACAAAACAAGACAUUUUCUGACAUUUUAUGGACCAAGUGAUUUGUCGAUUAAUCGAGAAAAGAAUAAACGGAUAAAUUGAUUAUGAUAAUUGUUAGUUGCAGCCCUAAAGUAAAUAAAUAAAUAUGAUUUUAUGGACCUUUCAAGUCAAACAAAUGUCGCCCAAGUCAUACUUCAUGUAUACUGUAAAAGCACCACAUGCUGUCGUGACUAAUAUUAUACUUGAUUCAUUUGUAAGAAACCAACUUACUUUAAAUUAUUCAUUCAGAAAAAGAAAGUGAUGUAUAAAGAUGAAGCGGCAUCGUAACCCCACCGCCAACAGUGUUCAAUCUGAAAGUCUUGAAAAGUUUGUGUGUUAUUCCGGGGACUCCCCGCUUAAUUGGAAAUCCUCUUCGAGGUCCUUACACUUUCUUUGGUUCAAAGAAAAGCAAAGAAAAUCUAAAACCUGAUAAUAAACCAGCACCAGGUUCAGAGGCUUAGCCUCGUUCAUUUGAAUUUUUCCAUCACGAUUCAGAUAAUUCAUCGGUUUGUGCCGCAUUGUUACUGUUUUGAAAUGUGCACAGUAAUCCUUUAACUCUCGCCCCAGAGCCCACCAACAAUUUUAAGUGUUGUUUUUUUACCCUCGCCCCAUAUUUCCGUCCAUGUCUUCUGCCUCGCAGCCUCAAAUAAAAGUUCUCAAUAAGCAUCAGAUAAA